CUCUCUCUCUCUCUCUCUCUCUCUCUCUCUCUCGCUCUCUCUUUUUCCUCUCUGAGAAUAUGAUAAUGAAAGUCGCCAGUUUUCCUCGCGGGUCCGCUAUAUAAAAGGGCAGGAGGAGCAGCCGCGCUGCCAGCGGAAAACUUGCGGCUUGGAGUAAAAACGGUGUUUCCGAAUGCGGAUCAGAUCAGGAACAGUUUUGAGUGUGAACGCUGGAACACUCUGCUUUCACAACUUUUCGUGUUUGUUUUUUUCCUUUUUUUUUUUUUUGGUUUUUGGUUGGUUGUUCUGCAAUUCUUCUACCUUUUCUUUUUAUUGCGCACUGGUAAAGCUUUUCUCACCUUUCACCCUUCUUCUUUAUUAAAGCAGGAUGAACAAAAAAACAAUGUUCCUGCUUCUGAAAAGAACGGGAGAUCAGCCCGACGUUCUGGAGAAGACUCACCUGGGAUGCUUUUGACUCUUUUUUUUUCGGAGCUAGGACGGACCAUGAAGCGGAGAAAACUCUUUGUUGUUCCAGAAGGGAAGCUCCGCACGCUGAUAUGAGAAGUGGGGAACGCGCGGUGACCCCUCGUCGUCGCGCGUCAUGGAGCGCAUCGGCCACUUCAAACCGACCCAAGCGAGCGGCGGUGGUGUCCAGCCCGCGAUGAACGCCACGAGCUCCGGCAUAAACGUGACGAGCUCGCCCGGCGGUAAGGACAAGGAAGCGGAGCUGAGCCUCCCGUUCCAGGUGACCCUCGCCUCCGCGCUCGGGCUCCUUACGCUCGCCACGGCGCUGUCCAACGCGUUCGUCAUCGCCACGAUCUCCCGGUCGAGGAAGCUCCACACGCCGGCCAACUUUCUGAUCGGCUCGCUGGCCGUCACCGACUUGCUGGUGUCCGUGCUGGUGAUGCCCAUCAGCGCGCUCUACACGGUCACCCACAGCUGGUCACUUGGCCAGGUCGCGUGCGACGUGUGGCUGUCCUCGGACAUCACCUGUUGCACGGCGUCGAUCUUACACCUGUGCGUCAUCGCCCUGGACCGCUACUGGGCCAUCACGGACGCGGUGGGCUACGCCAAGCGGCGCACGAUCAGGCGCGCGGCGGGCAUGGUGGCCACCGCAUGGGUCAUCGCCGUGUCCAUCUCGGUGCCGCCGUUCUUUUGGCGGCAGGUGAAGGCGGGCGAGGUGACCAGCUGCGCCGUCAACUCGGACCACAUCUUCUACACCAUCUACUCCACCUUCGGCGCCUUCUACUUGCCCACGCUGCUGCUCGUCGCGCUCUACGGCAGGAUCUACGUGGAGGCGCGGAGGCGCAUCCUCAAGCAGUCGCCCAAGAAGGUGGCACCGGGCAAGAGGCUGACGGCGGCGCGCCUGGCCCCCAGCUCUCCGGGCUCCGCGUCCUCCACCGCCCCUCUGCAGUGCGCCGCGUACCCCGACGGCCACGUCCACAUGACCGUCACCGACUCUCUGCUCGAGAAAAAGCGCAUCUCCGCCGCGCGCGAGAGGAAAGCCACCAAGACUCUGGGCAUCAUUCUAGGAGCCUACAUCAUAUGCUGGUUGCCCUUCUUUAUCUACACGCUCCUGGUACCCCUGUGCCCGUCCUGUCUGCACCCGGAGCUUUUUGACUUUUUCACAUGGCUCGGCUACCUCAACUCCCUCAUUAACCCCAUCAUUUACACCAUGUCCAACGACGAUUUCAAAAAGGCUUUUCAGAAGCUCGUGAGCUUUAGAUGUUGCGCAUCCUGAAAGAUACAGCAGCAGCAAAAAAAUAAAAAUAAUAAUAAUAGGAGAUGAGCGUGAGGGGCCACACUUCUACAGAAGGAUUAAAAUAAUAUAUUUAAAAAAAGAGUCUAAAUUGAGAAAGAAAUAAAGAAAAAAGAAAAGUAACCAACUGCAACUUCCAUGGUGUCCAGUGUCCUCCCCCGCCUAUAACGGUAGCCUUCAAAAAAACGUGGUUGCAAUAUUGUGUCAGUGUUGCAUUGUGUUUAAAAUUUGCCUUCAAUAAAAUGUCAAAGUAAACGUGGCUGUUAUGUUCCUGCCAAGCAAAAUGGAAUGAAAAACACUAAGAAAAAACAUGAAAUAAAUAAAUGAGUCACUGAGU